UUAGUUUUUGACAAAUUGCCAAAAAAUCUGUUCGAGGCAUGUAAAUCGUUUCAUAAAUAUAAAGAAUUUGAUACUAUUUGAAUAAAAUAUUUCAGCAAAAUGAAUCCUCCGUCCGCACUAGCAAGCGCCAUGAAUAGAGACCGUAAACCCUUUACGUAUACCCCGGGAGGGUUGGAUCUAUCGGAGAUUAAGUCUGAACGCAUGGCAAAACGACUCAUGAGAAAUGCAAUGAAUGAAGGGGUACCAGUAACACCGGUACAUACUGUUCAAUCCCCACCACCUAGCGCCACUCCAAUGGCUAUGCCCAAUUAUAAUUGUUUGCCAGUUCAAGUUUUCCCAACGUUUAAUUUACCAGCGAAUCCUAAAUCUUUGCUAAGAACUAGGAGUCAUCCAGAUCAAAACGAAAACCUAUCGAUUUAUGCGGAAAAACAUGCAUACAACGAAUCAACGGAUCAUAGCGUGUUGAACAAGGUUAUAGGAAACAAUAAAACAUUACCAUCAAGACACGAUGAAUAUAACGUAAACAGUUAUAAUAAUGCGCCUAUAAAUUACGGAAGCGUUGCACAGACAGUGCCUAAUUUAUUAAGAAGUGGCGAAACUGAUAAAAUGCAAGUGGAUGUAACACAACCAAGCUUCGAAUUCGAUAAACCAAAAAUCUAUGAAAAUAUAAGGCCAGUCUAUUUCAAUGCGCCACCACAAGUUGCAACUAAUAUACAAACAGACUAUAAUAGUAACAUUUCAUCAACAUUGCCUACUUAUAUGGAAGAAAAUGAUCAAACUGAAAACAAAAAGGAAGAAGUCUCAGUUGUGAAGAAAGUUUCAAAAUCUGAAGAUACUUCAGAAAAACAAAAUGGUGACACAGAAGCGGCUGUCACGGUAAAAUUACCAACCAUAAAAUCAGAAGCAAAAACUGAAACUAAAGUUGAAGUUGUAAAAAAGACAUUACCAGAUGGAUCAAUUCAAGAAGUGAAAACAACGACAACAAAGACUACUAUUGAUGGAAAAACUGAAAUUACCACAGAAACUGAAACUACAACAUUUCCAAAAGAUUAUGACGAGGAAGGAGAGUAUGAAGUAGAAGAAGUUGAAGUUGAAGAAUCUAACGAACAAAAGGUUAAUCAAGUCUCUGAAAAAGCUGAGUCCAAUGUAGCUCAACAAAAACAAAGUGAAAAUAAAGAAAUAAAUGGGCAAGAUGCUAAGAAUGAUAGCGAAGAAAAUGUUGUUAAGCAAAACGGACAAUUAAUAACGCAAGAAGAAAAACAUGAAUCUAGUACAACAAAAGUUGUUAUAUUACAAUCUGAAACUCAAGAGUCCGAAGAAGAAAUUGAAGAAGAAAAUGAAAACGAUGAACAAGACAAUGAAGAUGUAAGUGUUGAACAAGUUAUUGUUUUGAAGCAAUCUAAAGAGUCUAGUGAAUCAGCUCAAGUUAGAGAGAAUGAUGAAGAAAAUAAAGAAGAUGAAGAAGUGGAAGAAAAAAAUAAGACUCAAGAAAACUCUAAAAGCCCAGAAAGCCAAGAAGUGGCUAAAAAUGGAGCAGAAGAAAUAGAAAGUGAAAAAGAAGAAGAAAUUGAAGAGGAGGAAGUAGAAGAAGUGGAAGAGGAAGAAGAGAUUAGUGAAAAAUAUGAGGAGGUAGAAAAAGUUGAAACACCCCAAGAAAAACCAACAGAAGAAGUUGAGGAGGAAGAAGUUGAAGAAGAAUACGAAGAAGCUGAAGAUGCUGAGGCACCUGAAGUUACUGAAGUACCGAAAGAAACAGAGAAAAAAGAAAUAACAGAAGAAGUAGCGAAAGAAGAUGAACCAUCUGAAACGAAGAAUAUCGUAGAGGAUAAAAAAGAGGAAAACUUACCACAAGAUAAUGAAGAAAAGAAGGAUUCGGAAUCUGAAGUAAAGACCAUACCGAUAAAAGUAAUAACUGAAACAGACAAUGAAAUUAAAACUGAAUCACAAGAAACACAAGAUCAAGAGAAAAAAGUAAAUACACAAUCUUUACCAACUUCAAUAAAUAUCCCUUUAAGAGAACCGUCCGUACCAUUAGAAAAGGUUGAAGAAGUUGAAAUUAAGCCCAUUGGACCAGCAAAAGAAGUGAUAACUAAAACGCAUACAGAAAUUAUCACAAAAACGACUGACAAACCUGUAGGGACUCACAGCACUCAGACUGAAUACAAUGUUGUAGAAAAUAUUGUCACUGUCAAUCGAACUACUAAAACUUUAGACCACGCUUAUGAAGAAAUUCCUGACAAUAUUCCAACAAUUAGAACAUUUGUACCACCAAGCUUAGACAGAAACUUGAUAUCACCCCAACCUGUAUAUAAACCAUAUCAACCUGUAUUUACAUCUGAACCACAAACUGAAAGGCGGCAUAGCUUGUUAUUGGAUAGAAUAAGUGUCGAUAGGCAAAUGCCCUCUGACAUUUAUCAAAAUACCUAUCAAAGUAAUCAAUCGUUUGAGGAAAGACAAUGGUCACAAGAACCACAGUCAGAAGUUUUAACAGUAAGCAACGUCAAACCAAGCACUAUAAAGACCAGCAAAAACCAGCCUUGGUACCAAAGAAAUGAAAAUGAUAUGUCUUAUCCUGCUGCUGCACCAUCAUCUGAUUCAUAUGGUAAUCAGUGGCAAAAUCAAUCACAGUACAAAUCACAAACACAAUCUCAGCAAGUUUAUCAACCAAAACCGCCGACACAGCCGCCAGUACAGCAGGUUUAUCAGCCUCAGCCGCGAGUACAACCUUCCCCCCAACCAGCUUAUCAAUCAGCUCCACAACGUACUCCUCAACCUUUGUAUCAACCUAAACCUCAAUUUCAAACGUCUUCACAGCCAACAUAUCAACCACCAUCUCAGCCAAUUUACCAAUCAGAAACACAAUCAAAUUCUCAAACAAUUUAUCAGUCACAACCUCCUGUUCAAAGUAUCUAUCAACAAGAACCACAAUACCAACCAUCUUAUUUAGAAAACUCUUCACAAUCAACUUAUAAAUUCAGUUCAAACAAUUAUCAAACUUCUCAACCAUCAUACACUCCUAAACCCAUGUGGACAGGGAAGAGUUUCGACUCUCAGUCUUUAACGAAUUCAGAGGCAAAUCAAUACUCUUACCAAAACACAGAAUCCUCAGAAACUAUACAAAAGUCGACGCAGCUUUCGUCGUCUUACGUUCCUCCUCCGUGGGAACAAGAUUCAAAUUAUGUAGCAAAUAAUUCAUCACAAAACUAUUAUCAAACCACCCCUCUUAAAACGACGACUACUCCUAAUAAAGGAUGGACACCAUCACCGGCCUCAAAACCGGCAUCUAAAUUUUCCAAACACACACCAACAGCUUACGUUCCACCUGCACCUAAUCAAUCUUUCGUAAAGCCUGUUAACACUACGGAUGCUCCUAAACAACAAGGGCGCAAGACGUACUACAGCGAGUACGAAAGACGAUACAUAUCUGUACCAGAAACAACGUACAUACCUCACGAAACUAAAUUCCAACCUCAACCUGAUCCAUCACCCCAGUACUACUAUGACAAUAAUGAGCCAGUGGAAGAAGUUGAGCCCCAGUGGCGUAGAGAACUGAGAGAAUUUAAAGAACAAUCAUCUAAAACGACAGUACAAACAGAACAGACUACUGUUCGACCACCGUGGGAAGAAGAUCCAAAAUACGCAGCUCCCAAAGAUUUCACACCGACUCCAACAUGGACACAAACAUUGAAACCCAGGUCAUGCCGUGAAAGAAGUUACGAACCGGAGUAUAUUGGCUCUCAAGAGUGGCCAAAAACCAAUACAUUGGGACGUGGACGGCCGCAAAGUUCUUACAUUAAGAGCAACAUUGAUAGAGUACCUGACAGAACGAGAGGUGUAUCAGUAGAUAGAUAUAAUCCUAAUAACUAUCAAUCUCCAUUAACGAGGGAGCAUCCUCCACCAGCUAGUCAUAUUUUGGACCCAAUUGUUCAAGGAAAAACAUACCACAAUCCCAACGUGCCUGCAUAUCACUCCAGAGCUUCAGCAGAACCUGGAGAGCCGCCAGUUACUUACCAACAACCAAGGCAAAGAGAGUCAAGAGCCACGCCCGUCCAAUCAAGAUCCUUUAAAUAUCUUCAAUGGAUUACUGGCACAGAGGAUUAGUCAUAUAUAAUUAGGUUUAAUUCGAAAUACCGAUUAAAACACUAAACUGAUAUUGUUAAGUUUGUUAUAAUCUAUCGGAACUGUUUGUAUAAACUCGUUUUUAAUUUAUUAUUAACUCACACAUUUUCUCUUCAUAUGUGUCUAUAUAUAUCAGAUUUUGGAAAUGUACUUAAUAUGGUUUCAGUACAUUAUAGGAUUAAGUACAUUAACUAAAUGUAUUCAUGAAAAUAAACAGCUUACGUUUUUACGAUUCGAAUUCAUAACGAUGAAGAUGGUCAUUACAAAUCGUAUGUUUUUAUAAAAUUAUAAUAAAUAAUAAUUUACAUAAAAAUAUCCAUCUCAAAUAUUAGGCAUAUACACAUAGACAUUUUAUUGUGUCUAACGUCUGUGUGUGCUUAAUUGAAGUAAUAUGUAAAUGAAUAAUUCAUCUAGUUCAUAUUAAGUAAUAUAACGACCUAGUUACCAAAAAUCAGUAGUCUUUGUAAUAAUGUGAUAAUUUAUUAUUUAUCAGCUAACCUAGUCAUAUUUAUUUCUGAUACUAUUUCAUAAAAACUUUCAUUAUUUUCCAUAACGGUUAAUAUGAAACAUUUCGUACUUUACUAUAUUAAAGUAUGUUUUAUGUUGAAAAUUACAAUUUAAUAAACGUAACAAAGAAAAUGUAACGUAACAAAUGUCUUUUAAGUCAUAGAUUGAAUGAAACACUAAAAAGUCCAUUGUUUAACUUAUUUUAAUGUAUUUUUUGCCUCAGUUAAUUUUAUAUGUUGGUAAUGAUUUUAAUUUAACAAAAUGUAUGAGAUGUUUUAAUAAAUGCAUAAAUCAUGUAACAAUCCAUUGUUACCCUUUAUUUGUGAAAGUUGUUGAUUUUUUAUUAAUUAAAUAAGAAUUUUGA